UCCGACUGCAAGAGCCGCGGCCAGGAGCGAUGCAGGUGCAAAAAGACAAAACCUACGCUGUCGACCUACCUGGCCAAGAACUACAGCUACAUCAUCCAUGCUAAAGUAAAAAGCGUAGAAAGAGGGAACUGCAACGAGGUAACGACUAUGGUUGAAGUCAAAGACAUACUCAAGUCUUCGACGCCAAUUCCUCUGUCUCAAGUGCCUCUUCUUACAAACUCCUCCUGCCAGUGUCCACCUCUUCAACCGAAGCAGGACGUUCUCAUCAUGUGCUAUGAAUGGCGCUCAAGGUUGAUGCUUCUUGAUGGAUGCCUAGUUGAAAAAUGGAAGGAUCAACUAAACAAAAGAUUUAAGAGAUGGGAACAGAGACUGCAAGAACAAAAGCUGCGAACGGCCCGCAGUAAGAACCAGAAUGCAGGACGCAGUAGUCGGAGUGGAGCCCCAAAACCAUCAACAAAGAACACCAACCCCCUGGUCAGUGGCCCCAAAAAGGCCAUUAAAAUAAGAAAUGGCCAGAAAGAAGUCAACCCUAAAAAAGUAUGA